GAACUGCCACGGCGGAACUCGUCACGUCGGUCGCUGCCAAAACUCUGCGUGGGCUCAUUCGAAAACAUGAGUUUACAAGAGAUCUUUCAGAACAUGAAGCUUGCCCGCGAAUAUGCUUUGCUUGGAAACUACAACUCGGCCAGUGUUUUCUACCAUGGUCUGCUUGAACAAAUCAAGAAACACGUCUACACCACACGAGACGCCCAUCUUCAACAGAGAUGGCAGAAGUUGUGGGAAGAAGUUAGCGAGGAGAGCAGCCAUGUUCAAGAUCUCCUGUCAACACUGGAAAGUGUUCAACUGGAUGCUGUGCCUGGCAAACCAAUUGAACCAAAUGAUUGUGAGAUAAGGCCGAUGCCCAUUGAACUAAGGCAUUCUCCAUGUCCUGUCAGGCGGCCUACAGCCAUAUGUAAAGACAGUAAACCAGUCAACAAUCGGCUCAGUGUGGCCGUAAAAGCCCAUCAAAGGCAUUCAUCCCGGGGGGCCAAUGGGGACAGGCACAAGCCCUCCAAGGCCAAAACAAAAGAUACGAAGGAAACUGCUGGAAAAGCAAAGGAAGAGAAGGGCAAAGGAGACGUCCAAGAAAAAGAAGUCAAAAAAUUUGAUGGGACAGGAUAUGACAAAGACCUUGUGGAAGCUCUGGAGAGAGAUAUCAUAUCUCAGAACCCUAACAUUAAAUGGGAUGACAUUGCAGACCUUGGUGAGGCAAAAAAGCUCCUGAAAGAAGCAGUUGUCUUGCCGAUGUGGAUGCCAGCUUUUUUCAAAGGCAUACGGAGACCAUGGAAGGGAGUGCUAAUGGUGGGACCUCCUGGAACUGGAAAAACGCUUUUAGCCAAAGCCGUUGCUACUGAAUGCAGGACUACUUUCUUCAACGUUUCCUCAUCAACGCUGACCUCUAAAUACAGAGGAGAGUCUGAGAAAUUAGUGCGUUUGCUUUUUGAGAUGGCCCGCUUUUACGCUCCCACUACGAUCUUCAUCGACGAAAUUGACUCCAUGUGUAGUCGAAGAGGGACGUCAGAAGAACACGAGGCAAGCCGAAGAGUCAAGGCAGAACUGCUGGUGCAGAUGGACGGUGUUGGUGGAGCAUCGGAAAACGAUGACCCGUCAAAGAUGGUGAUGGUCCUGGCUGCCACCAACUUUCCGUGGGACAUUGAUGAGGCUCUGAGAAGACGUCUAGAGAAGAGAAUCUACAUUCCCUUGCCCACAGAAAAAGGACGGGUGGAGCUGCUCCGCAUCAACCUGAGGGAGUUGGAGUUGGCCAGUGAUGUGGAUUUAGACAAAAUCGCUGAACAGAUGGAAGGUUACUCGGGGGCCGACAUCACCAACGUGUGCAGGGAUGCCUCCCUGAUGGCCAUGAGGCGAAGAAUCGAAGGACUCACCCCAGAAGAGAUCCGCAAUAUCUCCGGGGACGAGAUGCACAUGCCUACCACAAUGGAGGACUUUGAGUCAUCUCUGAAAAAAGUUUCCAAAUCUGUGUCAGCCGCAGACCUCGAGAAGUAUGAAAAGUGGAUCGAGGAGUUUGGAUCCUGUUGA